UAAAACUUAAACAUCUUGACAUUUAAAGACGUCAAAAUUGUCAAAUCGAGUUAUGUUUUCGUUUAGAUUUUUGAUCGUUAGCACAUAAUUCUAAAAAUAAAACAACUUUAAACCAAUAACAAAAAAACAUGUGUGACAACCCCCCAACAUUACUCAACGCGUGCCUGGAAUACAUUUGCGAUAACAUGGGUCUAGUUUUCCAACCAAAUUACGUAUACAACACGGAAUAUUCUUACACAUUUCGAGAUCAAAACAUUUCCUUAUGCACGGAACUCUGCGAACAGCUCCUCGAACACUUGGUGGAGAAAGAUUGCAUACGAGAUUUAUCCGUAUCAAUAUUCACCAAAACGAAUACCCGUCUAAGACGAGUAAAAUUAAAAGACUGUCAGUAUUUAACAUCCGACGGAUUUGAAGUUCUUUUAAGACACAAUGUCCAUGAAUUUGAAUGUGUUAAUGUAAAUACAACCCCAAUUGAUAUUGUUUUAGCAAAUCUAAAUGAAUGGUCUGUUAGAAAUUUAAAAAGUUUAAAUAUUUCAAAGUAUAAACUUAAUAAAAAGGACAGUCGAACACUUAAUUCUUCGAUUUGGGAUAGAGCAAUAAAUCAAAUUACAAGUUUGGAGAAUUUACGAUCGCUUAAUGUUGCUUAUACAGAGUUUAAUCAAACAUUGUUGGAGGUUAUUUGUGAUAAAUUAGGGUUUUUGGAGAAAUUGAAUAUAUCCGGGACUCUUAUUGUAGAUUUGAAACCUUUAGUUGGGUUAACGGAACGAUUAAUUAUGUUGGGAAUUAGUGUAAGUAUUGUUUUAAUCAAUUUUAUUUUAUUUAAAUUGUGUAAAAUAAAUAUUUGA